GUGCUGUCGCUGGAUGCGGUUCCGCUGCCCGAGGAGGCUGCGCUGCAUCAGUGCGGCGUCCAGGAGGGCAGCUCCUUGGUCCUUACUGCGAUUGCCUCUGCUGACGCCUUCCUGCAGCAGCUGGAGGAGUCGACGGCGUCGGGUGAAGAGCUAGCUCGGCGCGGAACCGUGCGGUUCCUCAAU